CCUGUUCUGGCUUAGCAUAGCCGAGAUAUGGUAAGGCAGAAGGCCUGGAGAUAGACAUGCAAAUUAGCAGAGCUAGUGAUAGCAUAUCAUAAAACAUGGCGAAUUAAUGGAUCUGAUCUCAAUUGAGGCACAUUCAUAAUGAACGCGCAGAAGCGGAGCCGACAGCUAUCUGCACCAGACGACCCGGUGGCACCACACGUGAAGAGGCGUCGUGAUGCAAUAGCUUGUCAUUCCUGUCGAAGUCGUAAAUUAAAAUGCGAUCGAGGUUAUCCAUCAUGCGAUCGGUGCUUGAAAAGUGGACAAGGGAGACUCUGCACUUAUGAUGUACACGUUCCUGGAGCCUCAAACGGAAGUGCCACUCCAGCUGGACACAGCCGCAGGUCUUCGUCCCCAUGGAAGAUCCCCGGCCCUGGUCCCGGCGGACAAGACUCUAAUGAGGCUCCAUCUAAUAUUUCCUGUCAGAAUGACAAAAUUACCCAGCUAGAAAGACAGAUAAUUCAACUACGAACUGAAUUGGAAAACCUGAGUUCCACUCUCUAUAUCCAGUCCCGAAGUUCUCAAAAUACAAUUUGCACAAAUUGGUUUCAGCUGGGAAGAGAGAAAUCAUCUCUAAAUACUGAAACUACCGAAAUACAGCCUAUUAAUUUCCGGGGAAGAGGUUUCCAAACUCAAUUUUACGGCCCGAGCAACCCAUAUAGUUUCAGGACCUAUUUUCCUGAACUCCACCAUUUUAUAAAAGAAAGAAUUAUUAGCAACCCUUCCAUGCUUCCAAUGGAGGCUGAAAUAAGAAGUCAGAAGAAUAAAUGGAAACAGAACUUCAGAAACACGAAAUUUGAAGUCAGGGUGGAUGCUUUGAGUCACCUACCGCAAAAGCACAUCGCUGAUGAACACAUGGAGCUCUAUAUUUCAACAUUUGAAAACAUAUACCAAGUCUUACAUGUGCCCACCUUUCGAACUGAUUACGAGACAUUCUGGAAGAACCCCAGCGCAGGCGAUCCGGGAUUUGCAGCACUCAUGAUAGUCAUAAUGUCAACUGUGCACUGUGCAACCGCUUCGCAGCCACUUCGAUACUUUGGUGCUAGCUCCUCACAAAGAGAGAAGGCGGAAACGUGGAUUCGAGUUGCUGAUUCAUGGCUGCAGAGGCAAAGCCAGAAGCACACCCAUCUUAGAAUGUUUCAAGUUCAUUGUCUUCUUGUUCUCGCAAAGCAGGUCAAUGAAAUAAAGCCUAAGGCAACUUGGAAUUCUGCUGAAACGCUUUUACGAUCCUGCAUUGUAGCAGGGCUUCAUCGAGAGCCGAGUUUGCUCGGAGAAGACAUCUCGGCUUUUGACCAGGAGAUGAGGCGACGAAUAUGGGCAACGGCAGUGCAAUUAGAGCUUGAUAGUGCUAUUGAUCGAGGUGUAUCGAGCAGCUUAGUUGGCCUUGCAUACGACAGUAGACCGCCUUCAAACCUGGAUGACGAGGAUUUUACAACAUCUUCGUUACAGCUUCCGCGGUCCAAGCUUCGCGAAACGUUUACUAAGUCGUCUUUCCAGCAUAUUUCUCCUGAGAUGCUUGAGCUCAAAGUUUCUCUUUCUUCUUGGGCUAAUGAGAAAUUUUCCAUGCUGAAUUAUCCCGAAAUUUUAAAUUUCGGGACGAAAAUAAUGGCUGCUUUAAAUGCUCUCCCGACUUGGGGCUCAAGUUCCGACAAUGCCUCUGCUAACCAUACCAGAACUUGCACUCCUUGGAAGAUUGCGUGCUCAUUGCUCGAAGUUGAGCUUUGUACUAUGCUGAUAUUGCUCCACGCUAAUACUGCUCGAAAAGCCAACUUGAAUCCACAGUUUGGAUACUCACUAGUAAUGACUUCUAGAGCAGCAGAGAGAAUUUUUGCAUGCUAUUCCGACUUGGCAUCAAAUGGCAGUAUUCACUUUUGCUUGCUAAGGGACGACCUAUCCAGGGCUGCUCUACAUCUAUCUUAUGCACAUUUCCAAUCUUCGUCUAUAGAGAUUGAGGCAAGGAUACUAUCUGUCGGUCGAGGCUUCCAUCACUACGCUCUCAUUGCAUCUGCAUUUGGCUUUAUGAAGGCAUCGAUAUCGCCCGAAAAUUCCGAUCUUGAAAGGCAAAAUAUAACUCAAAGAGUGACUCUUCUCAUCCAGAGAAUUCUUGAAUGUCAAUCAGAUGAUUUAAAUUUAUUGCCCUCAGUGGAGCUAACAACAAGUAGGGUCCCUUGGAGAGGGGGAAUGGACCAUCAGAUGGCCGCAACCAAGAUGAUUCUUUCCUUAAUCAAAAUGCUUCUGAGCUCGCUGCAGAUCAACUCGACCACAAAUGAUCUGUCAAUUAAUCCAUUUGAACAAAUUGAGUUUUCCGGAUGGGACUUGGACAAUCUCUGGAUGUUUGACUGGCCAGAUUUUUAA